AUGAGCUCAGUGCACUCUAUCCGCCUCGACCUCAUGGGCUUUCACCAAUUACCAACCAAGGUGUAUCGCCUGCAGCAGCCACCGGUCUCGGCUAUCGCCGACUCUCCCGCUAGUGUCGUUAUAGGCCGAGAAGGAAGAGAGGGAGGUGACAGCCAGGCGUUAUCGGGCCUGCGGUGUGAAGAAAGCUCACUGGGGUGGUUGAGACAGCUGGAGAGCACUGAGCUCUGUGGCUUGCUGCUGCUGGGCGAUGGACCUGCUAAUGUGGGUACGAGGGCGCAAAGAGAGGUGCAUGAGAAGGGAAGUCCCGGCGGAAGCAGCAACAGGGCGACUGCAGAAGACGUGAACAAGGGUGACGCGGGACGGAAGCAGAAACAGCAGCAGAAGAAGGGGGGGGAAGCACAGGUGACAAGCAAGCAGCUUGAGAUGUUGCAGCAGGCGAACGAUGAGGUGGGUGAGGCGGUGGUGGGUGCGGUGGUGGGUGCGGUGGUGGGUGAGGUGGUGGGUGCGGUGGUGGGUGUGGUGGUGGGUGCGGUGGUGGGUGCGGUGGCCAUAGUGGACUAUUCGCGAGUCAUUGACCUGGACCCCUCCAAUGCCGAAGCUGUCAGGUGGCGAGGCAUCUUGUCGUUCAACCUAAAGUACUACUAUGCAGCUGAGAAGGACUUUCAGCAAGCCAUUCUCCUUGACCCCUCUCUGCCUUUCAUCUAUCGAGGACUAGGCCUCGCUAUAGGAGGCAGUGGGAGGUGGCGAGAGUCCCAGGCAGUGUUUGCAGAGGGUGUGAGGCGGCAUCCCCUUGAUGCGGACCUGUGGCAUUCCAAGGGGCGCGCGCACAAGGAGGUGGGCGAGGUGGCGAACGCCAUAGAGGCAUUGCAGCGAACGCUGCAGAUCAGAAAGGCCGCCAUACAGUAUGCAAGAGAGGGGUUGCAGCUGGACAGGGGAGACAUGGAGCUCGUUCACGCCCACGCCAGCAGCCUGCAUGCCCUGGGGGACCUUGCCGAAGCUAGGGAGGUAUUGGCGUACACUAUUGCUCGCUUGCAGCGGCCGCUCUCCUCCAUUCGCUUCGACUGGGACUUCACUGCUGAGUUCAGAGAGGCAUGGACCAAGAAGGACCCUAUAGCAACACUGCCAGGAUACCAGCCCCUCUCAGUCACUCCACGCCAAUCACAGCGCGCCACGUUGCAGUCCCUGCCCAAGCUGUCACGAGAAGCGUUGGAUCUGAUCGAAGCAGCGGACAGGAUUGGCCAGCGGGCCCACUACCACUGUGAUGCUUUCAUGCCAAACAGGCAGCAGCUGCACAUGGCAGGGCUGGCGGCCUUAGACGUGAUGCAGCAGCUGCGCAUGGCAGGGCUAGCAGCACUGGACGUGAUGCAGCAGGCAAGGGCAACAUGGGAUGCUAUGGAACAGGAGCAGCAAGAGGGAGAGGAGGCAGCAGGUGGUGACAGAGUCACAGACACUAAAACAACCAAGGAAAACGCUACACCAGGAGGAGGGGUAGAAGGCAGGGAGAAGCAGAGGCAAAAGGGAAGUGACAGUUUGGCCAAGGGCAAUCGGAAAAGCAGCAGCAGCAGCAGCAGAAUCAAGAGGACAGGCAGUGGGGUGCUGAAGGGGUGGAGGGAUGUGUACGAGGUGAUCACGAGAUGGAGGCAGAUCUCCGAUCCAACGGAUGCUGUGCUCUGGAAGGACCAACUCAAGAAUCGCUUUGCGCAGGGCUUUCGGUCGUCCACGCCCAUCAAGGUGUGGGAUCUGCAGACCGUCAAGUAUUACCCCGUCUUCAACAAGUCGUUUGAGGCCAUGCGUGAGGCUCUUCUGGAGUCAGAGCAGGCCUUUGCAAACAACCAGCCCUUCACUGUGCCGCGCAACACACGUGGCGACAUGGUGAGUCGGGUGCACCUAUCCCAUGAAACACACAUGGCGAUGUCGAGUGAAAUGUGCAUGUCUCUUGAAACACACUGGCGAGCACCAGCACGUGAGCACCAGCACGUGCUAGCUUGGGGACUGGGGCUGCAGUCCCGGCGUGGGGACUGGAGCUGCAGUCCCGGCUUGGGGACUGGAGCUGCAGUCCCGGCUUGGGGACUGGAUCUGCAGUCUCGGCGUGGGGACUGGAGCUGCAGUCCCGGCGUGGGGACUGGAGCUGCAGUCCCGGCGUGGGGACUGGAGCUGCAGUCCCGGCUUGGGGACUGGAGCUGCAGUCCCGGCUUGGGGACUGGAGCUGCAGUCCCGGCGUGGGGACUGCAGCUGCAGUCCCGGCGUGGGGACUGGAGUCCCGGCGUGGGGACUGGAGCUGCAGUCCUGGCGUGGGGACUGGAGCUACAGUCCCGGCUGAUAGAAUUGGAACUUAACUGA